AUGCAGCCUGAUGCCCAGAAUGCAACUACAGGACCAAAAGGACCGCUCGAAUGGGGCCAAAUCAACUUCCUACACACGACAGACACCCACGGCUGGCUAGAAGGGCAUAUUAAAGAGCAAAACUACGGUGCAGAUUGGGGCGACUACGUGAGCUUCACAAGGCACAUGAAGCAAAAGGCACGGAAAUUGGGGGUCGAUCUCUUGCUGGUUGACACGGGUGACCUGCAUGAUGGUGCUGGCCUCAGCGACACAACAUCACCAAACGGGAAGGUGUCAAAUGCGAUUUUCGAGAAUGUCGAUUACGAUUUGCUCAGUAUCGGGAAUCAUGAACUUUACGUUACCGAAAUUGCGUAUGAGACGUUUAACAACUUCUCGAAGGUGUAUGGGGACAAGUACCUCACGAGCAAUGUCCAGAUCAUCAACCCGAAGACGGGCCAAUUUGAGUAUAUUGGGGCGAAGUAUAGGUACUUCACUACGGAGCAAGGCCUAAGAAUCAUGUCUUUCGGGGUCCUGUUCGACUUCACAGGAAGCUCCAAUGUCUCUAAGGUCACUAAAACAGCCUCGCUUGUUAAGGAGCAAUGGUUUCUGGAUGCUGUAAAUUACACCAAACCGAUCGAUCUCUUCGUAGUCAUUGGCCAUAAUCCAGUUCGAAGGAAUGCAUCCACCAGCACCUUUGGGACUCUCUUCAGCACUAUCCGGAAGAUGAGACCAGAUGUGCCUAUUCAAGCGUUCGGUGGUCACACUCAUAUUCGUGACUUUACUAUAUAUGACAACAAAGCAACCGGCCUUGAAUCAGGUCAAUAUUGCGAGACGUUAGGUUGGCUCGCAAUGUCCGGCAUCAAAUCAUCGACUUGCAAAGCCAAACACAACCCCAAAGGCGUUCCCAACCCCACUCGACGCGCAAAUCCACCAGCGAGUACCAGCACAGUAAGUGUAGAGUCGCUCCUUCCCACCGCUCCUUCGGAUCUGCGCUACGCCCGACGAUAUCUCGAUUGGAAUCGAAUGACGUUCGCAUACCAUGCCGAAGGUAGCCAGCCGUACACAAAAUUUGACACCUCGAACGGGUUGUCCGUAACUUCCGAGAUCACUUCCGAGCGGGCGAAACUCAACCUUACCAAACUCUACGGCUGCGCGCCAGAAACGUAUUGCCAGUUCUGCAAGCCUUUCCUCGCGGAAGGGAAUCUCUUCAAAUUGCUUCAAACUGCACUCUCGACGGUCGUCGUAAACGAAACUCGUAAGAAUAUUCCCAGGCUCAUCAUUAUCAACACAGGUAGUCUUCGGUUCGACCUGGCCAAAGGACCCUUUACUUAUGAUGACUCUUUCAUUGUUUCGCCCUUUCAAGACGCCUUCCAGUUCCUCUCCGAUGUGCCGUACUCGCACGCAUCCAAGGUGCUAGGCAUACUCAAUGCCGGCCCUUUCCAGAAGAAGAAACGCGACGCCAGUCUUACAAACGAAGAUUUGAACUUUUCUCCUGUGCUUGGCGACCGAGAUGUUUGCCUCGACCCACCGCUUGUCCAUGGGACCUCCGCUCUACAUGCUCGAGGUAGGCCCUCAGGCCAUCUCAUCCGCCGGCAAUCCACAGCUCCUACUCCUGGGCACACAACAACCGAUGACUUCGGUACCGACGGCGACGAUACAGUGCACUCUCGGAUUCCGAACUACCCUCAACCCAACGAUCUCCAAGCCAAUGCAUCAUUCCCGACUGAUGGUUCCACUCCUGAAAAAGUCGACCUCGUGUUCCUAGAUUUUAUCGCGAGCUAUAUCAUCAAAGCACUGAACACACCUGAUGUGGGAGGGAAUUAUACAACGAGCAUGAUAACAUACUACAUGGAUAAGAAGUUUACAACGAAUAGCUAUCUCCCGGCAUAUGCGAAGAUUGCGUGGCAAGCAAAUGUUCCGAACUGCCCUGUCGGCGCUGGGAUUGGGAGUUCAUAG